UUUUUUGCUUUUAAUGUCCUGUCACCAGUCAGGUAGGUCAUAUAGAGGUCUGUUGCUGAGAGGAAUUUGUUUAGUUUUCAAGCUUUAAUUCUAGCCAUGGCUUCUAAAAGAAAAAGAUUAACUUUGAAAGAAAAGAUUGAAGUAAUAAAUGUGGCAGAAAAUGAAAAACUAAGCUUAAGGGAUUUAGGUGAGAAAUUUAAAAUAAGUAAAAACCAAGUAAGUAAUGUGCUAAAGGAAAAAGAAGAAAUAAAAAGAUUGUGGAUUACAAAUUCAAAUGAAAAUUCUAAAACUGUUAAGUUUAGGAAAACUGAAGGAGAAGAUAUUGAUCAAAUAGUUUUUAAAUGGUUUUCGGCUAUUGGAGGAAAGAACAUUCCAGUUAGUGGAGUACUGUUGCAAGAAAAGGCGAAAGAAGUUGCCGACAGUUUAGGAUUGCAGAACUUUAAGGCCUCUAAUGGAUGGCUGGAGAAGUUUAAACUACGUCAUAAUGUUACUUUUAAAACUGUUUGUGGGAAGAAAAAUCUAGUUUUGCCAAAUAAAACCUUAUGUUUUAAAGGAGAAAAGUGUUCUGGCGGAAAAAGUUCUAAGGAACGGUUAACUGUGUUACUCUGCUGUAACUCGGAAGGAGAAUUUGAAGUACCACUUGUAAUUGGUAAGGCAAAAAAACCUAGAUGUUUCAAAAACAUUAACCCAAAAACCUUAUCAGUUCAGUGGUAUUUCAACAGAAAGGCAUGGAUGACUCAAAAUAUAAUGAUAGAAUAG